GUUAAUCUUGUAGCGAGUUGAAUAUCGAGCGGUGAAUCAUCACAUCACAUCAUCUACUGUAUUUACGCAUAGACAGGUAAACAUGUCUCCAAAUGAUGGAGUGGUUGUUCGGGCACCGCAUGUCGCCGGAUGAGAUGCUGCGCAAGAACCAGCGCGCCCUGAACAAGGCGGUGCGCGACCUGGAGCGCGAGCGCGCCAAGAUGGAGCAGCAGGAGAAGAAACUCAUCAAUGACAUCAAGAAGUUGGCCAAGGAGGGGCAGAUGGAUGCAGUAAAGAUAAUGGCGAAGGACCUGGUGCGCACGCGGCGGUAUGUGCGCAAGUUCAUGCUGAUGAAGGCCAACAUCCAGGCCGUCGGCCUCAAGAUCCAGACCCUCAAGUCACAGUCCACGAUGGCGCAGGCCAUGCGCGGCGUCACAAGGGCCAUGGCUACCAUGAACCGGCAGUUGAACAUGCCGCAGAUACAGAAGAUUCUGCAGGAGUUUGAGAAGCAGUCAGAGAUCAUGGACAUGAAAGAAGAGAUGAUGAACGACUCCAUCGACGAGGCCAUGGAGGGAGACGAGGACGAAGAGGAAAGUGACGUGGUGGUCGGACAGAUCCUGGACGAGCUGGGGCUGCAGCUCACCGACACGCUGUCCGGCCUGCCGCAGGCCACGGGCUCGCUGUCCAUAUCCGGUGAGUCGAAAACCCCAGCGUCGCCUCAAGCCGUAGCGGGCGGCUCCGGCGGCGGCGGCGGAGCCCCGGACGCCGACGCCGAGCUGCAGGCGCGGCUCGACAACCUGCGCCGCGAGUAG